AAAGGUUGUACAGGCAGGAACCGGAAGUGACGUAACGCACUACAGUGCUGCCCGACUCUUCUUUGGAUACAUAGCAUAAUUUGAAGAUAAAUCGGCCGCGUUUAUUUAAUAGUUACCCAUCAAAACGAUCGUUUGUGUUAGCUUACCUUCGUUAGGCUCCCUGAAGUUAGGUUGACGCCUGACAACAUUAAAGCGUCUGACGCUGUCGUCGUGAUUGAGUGAUAAUGGCUGAUCCUGCGCGGAUCAAAACUGAGGGCACACUUGAGAACUCAGCAGCCGGCCAAGAUGAGAAGCCUAACGCCAAGGUGACCGAGGACACACCGUCUCCUGCACCUGAAAAGACUACAGACGAACCAAAGGAGUCUUCCCCACAAGACCAGCACAAACAGGAUGAUGCAAAUGAACCGGCAGCAGCAGAGGAUGAAGAAGAAGGGACUUCGGGUCAGCCUGCGUCGAAAAGACUGAAGGUGGAAUCAGAAAAGAAAAAGGAGAAGCGGCAAAAGGUUGAUGAGGAUGAAAUACAAAAGAUGCAGGUUUUGGUGUCAUCUUUCUCUGAAGACCAACUGAAUCGUUAUGAAAUGUACAGGCGUUCUGCUUUCCCUAAGGCUGCUAUUAAGAGGCUGAUCCAGUCCAUUACGGGAUCCUCAGUGUCCCAGAACGUGGUCAUUGCCAUGUCUGGUAUCUCCAAAGUCUUUGCUGGGGAAAUAGUUGAGGAAGCAUUGGAUGUUUGUGAGAAGUGGGGAGACACGCCACCUCUUCAGCCCAAACACAUGAGGGAGGCAGUGAGGAGGCUCAAGAGCCGCAAUCAGAUUCCCAACACUAAGUACAAAAACAUUCAGUUUCACUGAGGAGCGCAGCUUCAAAUUAGAUUUCAGUGAUGAAUACACUGGCCCCACCCAAGAAGAAAGAGGCACCAUUGCUCCGAAGAAACCUUACAAGGGUCCGACUACUUACCACUGGCUGGGCAGACCUCAAGAUCAGUGUGCAUUCUGCUGAAGGAACUUUGAUCAAGGACUAUGAAAUCGAAGCAGCAGCCUUUGUUCUCGCCAGACUGUCAGUAUAAAGGUUUGAUGAAACAUUCACUUCAGUUUGGAUGACGUUGUACCGAUAAAGUAUCGUUGUAAAUACAGUAAAUUUUAUUAUUGAAAAUAACAUUA